CAUAUCUCAGAUAAUUAUCUCGUCUCACUUUGCCACCAACAACUUUCUCCUUCCUCCUCACAUCUCGCGUCGCGUGAGACGCACUCCUCACGCACGGGAGCAGCAGCGAUGGGUUCUCCUCCUCCCCAUCGCCUGCUCCUCCUCCUCGCGGUCGCCGCCGUGCUCCACCGCUCGGCGGCGGCGGCGGAGGGGGUCAUCCGGCUGCCGAGGGGGAGGGCGUGUGCGGCGCCGACGGACCCCGCGGCGUACGACCGGCCGGUGAUCGGCAUCGUGUCGCACCCGGGGGACGGCGCGGGCGGGAGGGUCAGCAACGGCACGGCCGCCUCCUACAUCGCCGCCUCCUACGUCAAGUUCGUCGAGUCCGCCGGGGCGCGCGUCGUCCCGCUCAUCUACAACGAGCCCGAGGAGCGCCUCCUCGAGAAACUGAGUUUGGUUAACGGUGUUCUGUUUACUGGUGGUUCGGUGAAGAGUGGCCCAUAUUUUGAGACCAUAAAGAAAGUGUUUCAGUAUGUCUUGGACAAGAAUGAUGCAGGGAUUCCAUUUCCACUUUUUGCACAGUGUCUUGGUUUUGAGCUUGUAAGCAUGAUUGUCAGCAAGGACAAUAAUAUCUUGGAGUCAUUCAGUGCCACAAAUCAAGCAUCUACUCUUCAAUUUCCCAAUUACUCUUCACUUGAGGGAUCAGUAUUUGAAAGAUUUGAUCCUGAUCUCAUCAAGAAACUAAGCACCAGUUGUCUUGUGAUGCAAAACCACAAAUAUGGUAUAUCACCCAAGACAUUGCGAGAGAAUGUUGCCUUAUCAAGUUUCUUCAAGAUUCUGACAACCUCACCUGAUGAAAAUGGCGAGGUCUAUGUCUCAACCGUGCAAGCAAACAAAUAUCCUAUCACAUGCACUCAGUGGCAUCCUGAGAAAGCUAUUUUUGAGUUUGGUAAACAAAUGAUUCCACACAGCGAGGAGGCAGUACAAGUGACACAAAAUUUUGCCAACUAUUUUAUCAGCCAAGCCCGCAAGUCCCAGAACAGACCUCCCGCAGACAAGGUGUUGGACAACCUGAUUUACAACUACAGCCCUACGUUUAUUGGGAAAAAAUCGAAAUCGUUCGACGUGGUCUACAUCUUCUCCUAAUGGCCAACCUGAUCAUUGAAAGUCUUCGCUAUUGUAUUCUACAUGGAGUGCUUCACUGUGUAUGAGUAUAUAUGUGUCCAUUGUCUACCAUUGUGCUGCAUUGCCGUUGCCGCUGUAAUUUAUCAGACGAAUCAAGAGCGGAUUUCGCUCCCUGCUUUGGAAGGAGGUCCCAGCUGUUUGAUCCGCGGUCACAUUAUUCGUUUCGGACCCUUGGAAAUUAAACAGCAAAUAUAGUUGUUGGCCCAACUGAGCCCGCUUUUCAUA